AUGUUUCCAAUUGCUUGGGCUGUUGUGAAGGUAGAGAGCAAGGACACUUGGUCGUGGUUCCUGAAAAAUUUGAUGGCGGACCUUGAGAUCACUAAUGGAGGAGGUUGGGCAUUCAUGAGCGACCAACAAAAGGGACUUCUUCCUGCUCUAGCUGAGUUGAUGCCAUUUGCUGAACAUAGGAUGUGUGCGAGGCACAUAUAUGCAAACUGGGCAAAGAUCUACAAAGGGGAGAAACUACAGAAGCAAUUUUGGAUGAUAGCUAAGAGCACCAACAUGGCUGAUUUUAGAAUUCACAAACAGUAG